AUGAACGAUCACUACUCUCAAUUUAUUCAAGACUCCUUCCACGAGCAUACCUCAAAAAAUGUGGAUGAUCUAGUACACUUUACUUUCUUCAAAGAUGGAAAUCUUUUACAGACUCAAACAGACUGUAAAAAGUUAGCUCAAUCUAAAAUAUUAGAGGAUAUUCUAGAUUCAACAGAUGGCACUGUUUGUGUCAUUCUACCUGGAUGGGAUAUGGAUGAUUAUCAAGACAUUAUUGGGUCAUACCUCCUCUGGUACGGCCAAUCACAUAAAUUAAAAUCAAGUUCGCAUGUUAAUAUUACUUCUUCAAUAUUUCCCGAUCAAAUCAAUGACAUAAUGAAUGCCGUUUAUGGAACUCAAGUGUUUACUUAUUAUCAACAUGAAAAUUUUUGUGUCUUACAUAAUGUACCUGAGAAACUUAUUCCAAAUGCAAAUGUCUAUAUUGAUUCAACUGCAAAUAUGUGUAACCAAGGUUUAAUUAGAUUUAUUCAAUUGCAAUUCUGGUAUGAAUAUCUGAAAGUUUCAGCUUCAGAACUUAAUGGCCCUAUGGCAUUUAUGCAAAAGGACAGAUGCUUCUUAACUGGACGAUUUGAAGGUGAUGAAGAGAACGAAGAAAGGAAAAAUCUUUUUGAAUGUUAUGAUUGGACGUUUUACCAUUUGUUAGCUUUUUUGUCGAGAACUACAAUGUUGUAUUCUUUAUUACAACCAAAUGCAAAGAAUUCGAGAGAAUCACAGAUGAUGGUAGACCUCUAUCAAAAGACGCUACAUGCGCUAGAAGAUAAAGAAUAUUCUGCUUUGAAAUAUAUUAAAGAAUAUAAGGAUAUGAGAAGAGAAAUUGACGACAAAAAACAAUUCAAUUUUUAG